UUAUGAGCGUUAUCUGGAGCAGCAGGCAGCUAUAUACUCUGCAUUGACCGACAAGACCCUAAAGAAAAAUGUCAAAGACAUCAUAACCCUCUCUGAUGAUGAUGUGAGAGUGGCAGAGGAGGUCCUCCAGGUGCUUAAACCCCUUAAAACUGUUACAUCUCUGCUGAGCACUGAAACGUCACCAUCUGUGUCAAUGAUCCUUCCGCUGAAAACAAGGAUUCUAUAAUCCAUGGCUCCAAGUGUGGAAGACAGCACCAUCACUCAAGAUGUCAAGACUGCCAUUAGAGAGGACCUGAAGCCCAGAUACACUUCACCCCCUACUCUACAGGACUACCUCCACAGAUCUACUGCCCUGGAUCCGAGGUUUAAGUCCCUGUCUCACAUAGACCCUGACCUACGCCAGAGGACAUACAGUGACCUCACCACUGAGAUUGUGAGCAGUCUGGCCACUGAAGACUGUGAUGAGGGUCAAGCUGCAGAGCCAACAGGAGCAAACUUGGACACAUCUCCACAAAAGAAGUCGGCGUUGGCAGAGCUUUUUGGAGAGACCUUUGCCAGCAAAGACAUGGACAGCAAGACUCCUGCUGACAUCAUCAAAGAGGAGGUGGCAUUCUACCUGGCAGCAAGCGGCAUUGCAGUGGAUGGUGAUCCACUGACAUGGUGGAAAAGCAAUGAGUGUAAAUACCCUCAUAUUGCUAAAAUGGCAAGAUGCUAUCUCGCUGUGCCAGGCUCUUCAGUUCCUUCCGAGAGAGUGUUCUCAACAGCAAGGGACAUAGUGACUGCAAAAAGGUCCACACUCUCCCCAGACAAUGUAGACACCCUUGUCUUUUUGAAAAAGAAUUUAAAAUUAUAAGCUCAUGUAUGCUUUGUUUUCUUUCUUUAAUUCUUCUUUGAUGAUAAUGCUCUUGUUUCAAGGAAGAUGAUGUGCCUUCUUAUGUUGCACUUUAAUUUGUUUUUUAUUGAUGGUCAUUGGUCCAUGUUUAAAGGAAGAUUAUGUGCCUUCUUAUGUUGCACUUUAAUUUGUUUUUUAUUAAUGGUCAUUGGUCCAUGUUUAAAGGAAGGAGAUAUGCCUUUUUAUG